AUUGUCUGCUGCCAGUACAGUUUAGCUUACAAACGAGCAAGCACCAACGAAAUAUAAAUUUCAGUGUGUUACUCAUUACUUUAAUUACAUAAAUUGAUUAAUAAUUAUUAUUUCAAUAGAUCUCAUACUAUUUGAAAUAAAAUGGAAUAUCAGACACUACCGGUACGUUCACUUCCUGCGUGCAUGCAAGAGAGGAUUGUCGAAAAGAUUUACUUGAAGCCAAAUGAUCUAGAUUGCUUCGACAGAAUCAAUAUGGUUUGUUUCGGCGGGCUUCUAGAUCCAGUGGAUAUUAUCAUGGGUAAAUAUCCGGCAAAACAUCUUAGUAAAUUGCAUUACGACAAAAUUACCAAACGCUGCAACAUUUGCUUCCAUCACGAAUUAAAAACAUUAUUGACUCCGAAAGAUUUUUUCCACGUUUAUAUGCAUCAACUUAUUCAUGCAUAUAUAUACCAGCAUCGUAGAUGUGACCAUGGUAGAUAUGAUUUUAAAGAUCACUCAAAUAGAAUUAGUCUUAUUAUGUAUGAAGUCUAUUUCCCUGAGGACGAUGAUAAGAUUAUUGAAUGUGUCAGUAAUAGGAACAGUUGGGACAAUUAUUGUCGUGUGUUAAACAUUUCUCCCGAUUUACUUAAAUCAAUUGAGCCAAUUAGAGAUACACCAACAAAUAAAAAUAACAUUGUCAGCUCAUCGAGUAAUUCUGCCAGUUUUCCGAUUACGACUACGUUGACAAAUAGUCAUGGAGAUAAAAUUGUGAGUAUUACUGCAACUAAGCAAAGUACUGUUAUAGUCAUUCAUCAAGACUGAACCUGCAUGUAAUAAUUUACAUAAAGAAGAAUAAAGUUGACAACAAAAUGAAAUUGUAUAAAAAUGAAAUCAUUAAAAAAUGUAUUUCGUAUAGAAUUUAGCGUUAAGUUGAAAUCAUGUUUUUAUACAUUAAUUUUGGAGUUCUUAAAUAUUUUGUAUUGGACAAGGUAA